CGUGUUUAGCUGGAUUACGUGAUGGAUGGACAGGUUACGCCUUAUCCGGAUAAAUUUGAAAACGAUUUGAAAACGAUGACGUAACAAUUCAAACCUAGUCCAACGCGUGCUCUCGGCCGAUCGACCAUUAAUGAAAACAUGGCGAAUAAACAAGCUCUAGUUUCGGUACAGGAAACAGGGCUGUUUUUCCACCAAGUUUGGAACCGAUUUAGUGGCUUCAAUGGCUCCUAAUUUUGCACUAUAAAUGAAGUUUAGCAUGUGAGCAAAUCAGUUCGAUCUGGAAGAACAUUCCUGUGAACCCGCGAAGUGAGGUGAUUUUCGACAAUUUAUUCUACCUUUGGACAGUUAUUUAGAAAAUGUAUGGCGGAGUGCGAGGAUUUCUACGUCCAACAAAAAUUGCUUCGGGAACCGCUUUAACACACGCAAAUGCACAUAGAGCACGCAGCGGAAGGUUGUACAUAUAAUCCACUUUAUUUUGCGAUCUGGAAGAACUUGUCUCCUCUGGCGGUUGUAACAGUGGUUCUUGUAUGCCAAGUAUGCCAAUGUCUUAGAUGAAAACGUAAACUAAAAAGCAAAAUCUGAAAUCUGAAACCAAACUGCAUAUACUCUAUGCAAUCUAUUGAACAACACUACUACCGUGAGACUGAAGAACAAAAUUCAAAUGGAUGCAAACUGCUAGUGAAGAAAGAUGCCAUGUUGGAUUCACUUGAUGCCAGGGAACGUAAAAACAGUGCGAAUGGUAUUAAUUUCACGAUCAGAAAGGUGUUUUCAUUAUAGUUGAAUGGAUAUUCUUUUUUAAUAAAUACAUGAUCCAAAAACCCGUGUUUUUUGUGUAUAAGUUAUUAUGUCAAGUAUUGUUUACGCAAUUGUCUUGUCACAGGCGACCCAAGGUCACGUUUCGAGAAAGAGCCAACGAUUAAUUCACGAACGCGUCACGCGUUGUGUGACUCAGAGUAAGUUAUUCUAGGAACCGUUGAAUAUUUGAACACGUUAUAAGGAAGAGUAUAGGGAACGAAAUAUGGUCGAUUUACAACGAUAAAUAUUUCGAAAUAUAAAGAUUUUUCUCGAAAAAUCAAUAAAACUUACUCAUACCCUGUGUAUCCGUUGUAGUUUCUGGCGAUUGCUGCCGUUUUAAGCUUGCUUUACCAUCACUAAUAUUCACGUCAUCUACUUUUAUUACAUUGGUAAAAUCUGUACAGACAUCACACCAACCAACUCGCGUGCAAAGUAAGAAGACUAUGUUGAAGACUUGAAAUUAUAUUACGAUCGAUUUUCGUCAAGAAAUGGGCCCGGAAUUUUCCACAAUAGUGCAAAUAAUCGUGAAGGCUGAUCGCGGAAAAGCGAUUGCGUGACGCUCGGUAAGCUGUAAGAUGACAUGUUAUUAUAUACCAGACGUAAAACUCUUCAGAUUCUCAGUCUGCAUUUUUUACCCACUCUGUAGUCUAUAUUUUGUAUCCGGUCUGCAGUCUGCUGUCUACAUUUUGUACUAACAGGUAUCCGUGACGGUUACAUUUAUUCGACAUCUUCACAUUUUCAUUCUUUCCCGCGACUUCUUUCUUUUUGUAAGAAUGUAGACCACUUACAAUGUUUCAAGUCCACCCACCCUAGAAAAAAUAACUCUUGUGCAUAGCAUGCCUAUGUUUUGAGACAGGUGUAUGGUUGGGUUCAAACGCGUAGUAAAGACGUAUCCCAGACUUAAUUGCUGUCGAAUGCUGUUUCCUUGAACACUAAGUUUGAGAAGCCCAAGACGUAAAUACGUUGGCGAUUUCACGUUUUAGAUCUACAUGGGACGGCCAAGAAUGUACAAAUAUUUAAAACGCACGUGUUUCGCUAUUGUUCUACUGAUUAGAUCUUUUUUUUUUGCAACGAUCUCAUUGCCGUGGCCGUCGUGGUUUUCUUAAAGUCCCUAGUAAUAAGUUGUAAAUGCAGAUUGUCUCUGGGAGGUCGCAUGUCAUUUCUUAUGAAAGGUAGUAUUUUGAAAAAACAGUGAUUUCUGAAAGUCGUCCUUGUUAAGUGUAUGGUCAUGAUUUGGCAAAUGAAUUCCUUUUGCUUUAGCAUUUGGAAGCUGGAAGCCCUAAAUCAACAAAAUAUUGAAUUAGAAUUACCCAAAAUACCAUAUUCUGUGACUAAUUAUUUUAAUAUUAACAAAAUGGAUCCGUAAAUUUCACCCAUUUGGCAAAUAUGAUUCAAAAGGGAUUCGAAGCUUUGUUCCCAUGAUAUGAAGUACAUAAGAAACCAUUAUCUUCCUCUGUGCUUUUAUGGAACGUUGCCUUUUCCAAAUUCGCAAAGGCAAUUAAUUUAUUUCUUUCAACGUCGGGGCGAAAAUUUAAAACCCGCCCAAGAAGUAAACUGCUUCUGUAGAAAACAAUCACUCUUUGACUGGAAGACUUAUAGUAUAAUAACGAUUUGGUUUCCUGUGACGCAGACAUGUCGUCAAUGGUGAAAUCCUUGGCGUAUCCCUGCUUCUGGAAGAUGUUCUUCAAAAUGGCCUUCCCGAAUUAUUUUCACAACAACCAGACGAUUCGGCAGCCUCCGGCUCCACAGGGCAGCGUUCUAGACCGAGCACGAGCACUUCCCGAAGACCUCCGAGCCGUCAUGGCGACAAGCGGGACAGUAAUGAAGAUGAAGGCGGCGAAACCUCUGUUCCAGUAGAGACUGGUCCCUAUGGAGACAUCCCCAAGGGAGUGGUAUCAUUCAGCACUAAUCCCCAAGCAGCCGUGAAACUGAUAAAUUUGUUUCUGUUGGUGUGUUCCCGUUUGGAACUUCUAAAAACUGACUGGGGAUGUCGGAAGCUUGGAGUCAACGAGAUAGCGACUUCUAGACUCUACAGAACCAUGUGGUAAGCCAUCUAUAUCCUUUUAUUUCCUUUCACUAAAACGUGUUUCAGACCAACUGGUGUGAAUGCGUUGUAAAUAUUUAUGCAUAUUUGUAUGUAUGUGGGUACACUCAAUUGAUUACUCCCCUAAUGAAGCCUUUCUGGGGCAAACUCGAAUUGGGUAGUGAAUACUGUUUAAAAUCCCAACUUGCAACAGGCAGACCAGUUGACUACACACAAAAUGCAGCAAAGGAGUUGAACACGGGAUAACCGAGAACAAAUCCAGAUUUGAUUUUCCUCUUAACAGCUUAUAAAUAGAGGUUUCAAAGAGGAGAAGAAUAAGGCUCAAUGAAAUUUCCAUGUCAAUAUACCGGUUUCACCAAUGAGAUGUGGAGGACCUAAGGGACCCCGGGACCAUCAGAUUACAUGUUCAGCGCCCUAACCACUCGGCCACACAGCCUCCUGCGUUUCAGUCGCUCAGUGACAAAAGCGGCUUCUAUAUGUUGCGUAAUAGUUAACUGCUAUGCCUCCUGCCGCUAAAACCGCAGUAAACAUGAGAAGUUUUGUUACUGGUGUUACACAGCCCUAUUGUGAACCUGAGCUAAAUUAGCGUUUCUCGUCAUUUUUCAGCAAAGUGUAUAAGAUCGAAAUCCUGCAGCCUGUGUACCAACAAGUUGCUGUUAAAAUGGGCCAGGUAGGAUAAGAAAUAUUAAUUUUCAAAUAUUAACCUUAAAGCUAACAAAUAAGGAAGAAGUUAUCGUCUGUUGCCACAAAUGAGUGCAUUGCUCGUCUUUUUUCUUAUUGAAUUGUUACCUCAACCUUCCACCAACAGGGCCAAGAGUACGCCGCCCUCGGUGCGUUGGUGAACGACGACGAACCCUUGUCCUCUCCCCCUGGUGCAACAGAGAUGGAGCUGAAAGUCAAACAGGUUUGUCCUGAAUUUUGUUGGAACUGAUCCAGACUGCCUCAAACCUACAAAGUGAAAUGUGUUGAAACUUUAUUACAAAAAUUCCUUGAAAGGUACUCUAAGAAUAACUGUUAACCGUUUGUCGCUAUUAUUGUGUUUCAUUGAGGAUUUUUUCUUUUUGGCACUUUUUGCAGCUCAUUCGUUUACUGGAGAACUUAGAGUGCACCAUGAUUUAUGACGUCAUUAGGAGGAUAUCCCGUGAGCACACCCUGGUCGUAUCUGAGAGAGGUAGAGAUGACGCAACACUACCGACUGAUCUGUGGAAGAGACCGGUAAGGAAAUAAUUCCCUGUAUUCAACACUUGUCUUGGCUUAGAGCUUGUUCUACCUUUAGUUGUAUGUUGUAGGAUUAUGCUUAAUUUUCACUUUUAGCUGGGAAAACAAUAAAGCUGUUAAGAAAGUUCAACAAAAAGUGGCUUAUUGCCAAAUUUAUCUGUUAUAUUAUGUUACAGGUCAUGAAAGAAAAUUGCACCAUCGCUAAGCCUCAUCUGGUAGAGAAUUUCAUACAGGAUCUAAUGUCAGAACACACAGAGAAGGACGAAAGCGUUUCCUUUACAAGGGUAUGAAGGGUUUUUUGUGUGUAUAAACACUUUUAAUCCAUUAGGGGAGGGGUUGACGUUUUGGUAGGGAAGUGCUGGACUUCAUACUCCACCUUAAAAGGACUGGUCUAUUGGGAUAAUCACCCUUUACAGCCCAACAUCAAUAUAGAUAUUCUCCAUACUCUUCUCUGCACAUUUUCUGAGGUAAUGAAUUGUUUGAAUUGAUCACGAGUUUCUUUAGUUGGUGAUCAGUUCCUUUACUCUCGUGGCCAUAAUGAUUGACUCGAGGGUGAUAUUGUAAGGAGAAAUUAGAUGCUAGUCACUCUUAGGGGUUAAAGGGGUUACGGGUUAGUUUCCCUCCACUUUCUUUCCCACGAUAACCUUAUAGUUUCGUCUCUUCUUUGAGAAGGAGGGAAACUACUUCUGAGUAAUGUUGAUUCUGAUGGUGAUGUGAAGAAUUUUAUCCUCCUCAUCAUUCUCACGUGCUUCUCUUUUCAAACUCAUUGUCGUCUCUUUGAACUCUAAAACAUCUUUUUAUGAGGCCCUGCGUUUCUCCAUUUUUACUAGGAUUAAGCUGAAUUAUUCUACUUGCUUACAAUUUUUUUGUUCAUUUGUUUUGUUUUAAGGACCAUUUGGACAGAUGCUUAGUAAAGCUAGCCUCUGAGACAAUGCUAAGGGAAAGGAACUGUUUCGAGAGGUAAAAUCUUACGCUUCUAGACAGAGAUGAUUUAAGGAACUACAAACGAAUGCCACGAUAAGAGAUUAACAGGAAAUAUGUUUUAAGCAGUUAUGUGCUAAUUGGGGACACUAUAAAUACAAAAACAAUUAACGUAAAUUGUAAAAAAAAUUAUCAACGGGUGGAGGGCAAGCCAGGUGUUACCCAGCAGCAAAGUGGAGGAUUUGACCACGCUUACUUCAGAUUUCUAAUCUAGUCUAUCAGAUAAACCACGUGCUCUGUCAUAUCCCUGACACUGAGCACUGAAAAUAACGAUUUGCCUGGAAGAGCCCUCCUAUAAAGAGAUAAUCAUUUUGUUUGUUCUUGUGUUCUUUAGACAGGAAGACAUAGGAUGUGAUCAACUGUUUGAUAGGUCUGAUUAGUUGAGGUGAAUCGACAGAAAACAACUAAAUUUGGCAAGUUUGUUCAUGUAGAAUACAGGUUAGAAAGGAGCCAUUUUAGAUAAGAGUUGGGUAGUUGUCAGGCGUACACUAUCAUGUAUUUUAAAAUUUUGGAAGAGAAGAGUAGAAACUUUGGCAGUUUGGUAACUGGAAGUUAAGAGCAAUAUUUCAGACUUAGAUCUGUGAAAUGAAUAUGAAAAUUUUUGAAUAGGCUAGGCAGUAACUUUGAAAACGUAAAUUUCUUAUCUUGAGAUUAUUCGCCAAAAUCUAAUAACACGUUUGGUCAAGAAUUCCGCAAUUUAGUCGCCGCAAGGUAACGUCGUGGUUGCCAUAGAUUUCCGAAUUAAUGCAGUUCUUUCAGCGACGCAGUCAAUUCCUAGCAGAGAGUAUCAAACCGCGAAACUUUACUCCGGUGACUCGGAAAAAAAAAAGUGCAAUCUUCAAUUGAGUGUCAAAAGUACUCAAGGAUGGCAUUGUUUUUGCUUGUCUUUGCUCAGUGAUUUGGUCAAGAAAUUCGCGCCAAAGUUUCAACUUUUCUUUCGCAGAACUAAAAACAAUGUACGGUGACUCGGUAACUCUCAGUUUCCCAACCUUGACCUGAGUUCUCCUUACGCACCUAUUUGCGGUUUGUGAUAUUGACAUUGUGAUUACUUUAGAAUCGGUUUUGAGACACUCAUUCGAAAAGCGCGCUCAACUUCGAUUAAUAUUAAACAAUCUUUGGUACGUUCAUUUGGACUAACUUUCGCUUGUGCUUAUUCCAGCUACGCCAUGUACUAUGAGAACCUCCUCCGUCAUCAGCAUCAGUUGUUGUACAUGAAGGAGCAGGUAGGUUGAAUAUCAACAUUUUAGGUCAUCAGUUUUCUUUCACUUUACCAGUUGCUAAUCUUGCUAUGAUUUAAAAAAGAAGACAAUAUUCACAUUGAAAAUAGCCCAACCUUCAGAGAAUUUAUUAGAACAGAUACAUCUGGCGUUAUGAUAUCUGAAAAAGAAUCGUUAAAGUGUAGGAUAGCAAUCAUGCUUUUACGUCACGACUUCAUAUAUUCUGUAUGGGUAGAACAUUUCUGAAACGGGUUUCUCCUGAAAAAUAUCAAACCCAAUAGAGCGCUGCCAAUUUGCUAACAAUGGGAGCUGGUCAAUGAAAACCCAAAUCUACAUUUAUAAAUGAAGAUUUUAGAUAUAUGAAAAUUCAUAUAUUUGCACUGCGGUGGAUGAAAUUAAGAGAUCCCUAACACUACUAAAACGAGAGACAUGGACUUCAAUUUGUUAGGCAGCACAUUUAGCGUCUGACCAACAAGUUCCAAUUACAAGAGCAUCAGAGCGCGCGAUCUGGAAUCUGAAGGUCUGCGGUUCGAUUCCUCGUGGGUGCUCGCAGUUUUUUCCCUCGCCCUGUACUCGUAACAAGACGAGUGAAAUCUAUCGCUAAGUCCUGUGUUAACCACGAGAUUCCAGCUCAAAAUUAUCGAAACUGUAGUGGAUUGCUACGAUAACAAGAGAUAAGGUCUCUUACCAAUUAGUAUCUUUAGCAAAAUGUCGUUGAACAGAAUGAAUUUCGUUUUACACUCUGCAGGAGAUAAAGCAGCAUCAAGAUACAAUUGAAGCUAACAGCUCUGCUACCAUCGUGGAUGUUCACUGUCAAUUAGCGGACCGAAGCCAUGAACAACUGCUUGGUACGUAUUCCUCGGGAAACAAUCGGUAUCCUUGGAACUUUGCCGGACUUUUGAAACAAUCCGAUACAUAGAGUCGAAACCACUUAUGUAAAGACGAGUAAAUACAGUUUAGAUUUUAUGUCGUAAAUUAAUACAUUCUUCAGUCGACGGUGAGGACGAUCUGGAAAUAUGAGGAUACGGAGCAAUUCGGGCAUGAAAAAAAGUGUGCCGGCCAACUUCGCGAAAUAAAGUUGCAGCUAUUUUCAAUCAAUAGUUUAUUUGCCUGUUUGCUUCCGUCUCGUUUGUUAUUUUGGGAAAGUAUUUUUCAAUGUUUGGUCUUUUUACAUUUCUCUCGACAGAGAUCACUGCUCUCCGAGCGAAGAUUGCCGAGAUGAGAGAGUCCCUCAUGAAUCAGGUAAGAAAAAAAUUUCGUACCCUCUAGGUAGUAAAUAUCAUCUCACUUACUCGUAUCCUUUCGUACAUUUUAGGAAAAGGAACUCCGAGAGCGAAUCAAGAGCGACUUUGCAUUUCUAGUUCAGGAACUAUUUUCCAACUGCUUUUCGAUGAAAAACAGUUUCGAGGAAUUCAGGUAAGAUAGUCAUAAUGCUUUUGUUGAGAUGUGCCAUUCGAAACCAAUCCUGAUGAAAGGAUUCGUUGUGUUCAACGACUCACCCUCGUGACUAGAUAACCUAACCUUUAGCAGACGUCGUUCUUGUGUUACAAAUUCAUUCGUAUUUGGUGGUGAAGGGAAGGGUGACGGGGGAAGCUCUAGCUAAAAAUAUAUCGCGGGGGGGAAGGUGACACAGGCCCCCGCAGUUACGGUUAAUUAACCUAUUAAAAUGUAAACUAAGAAAAUCAGAAAUGUGAUCAUUGUAAAUAAAUUGACAUAUUAACAUAGAUUUUGACGAUUUUCAUUCUCCAGUUUCUAAACACGGACUUCUGUGUUUGGCAUGUUACAUGAUAUAAUUCUCGUUUCCAUUCCUACCAGAUUAUUUCUACACGAUGACGUUCAUGAGGGACUGAGCGACGUGCGCCGUAAAGCCGUGGAAGACAUGAAAAAACUUAGAGAGAAGUCUGGGACAUUAAAAGGUCUUGUUCGGCUCUUAGACUUGUUGCUACUGACGCAAACACAAUCGAUUCUCUUUAAGUCAAGAUUCUUUUUUCGCAAACCCGAUAUCAACCUCCAGGUUCCUUGGCGUGGAUCUGAGUCUUUGAAUAAAUUUCCCGAGAUAUCUCAAACGUCAUCGAGCCAUUUUGAUUUCGGCAAUGCUCCUAGAAGGUUCGUUUUCCUUCUUAACAUAAAAAAACACACCCGUAUUCUUCACUGUUCGCAUGCUACCGCUCCAAAGUCUACAUGCAUUCUGUAGCUUAAUGAGGAGUAUGCGUCUAGUUAUUUACAGAGCGUACCACUGCCAAGGGGAAGCCUCGGAUCGCACGGUUACCCAGCAUCUUAGAAAAUAUACGUGAAGAAUGUGCUAUCUUUGUGGUACAUUUGUAUGGUAGAGGACGAGUCUCCUAUUUUAACCAUAUGGUGAAUUGCGCUUACUCCUGGGUGAGGUGGAAGCAUGAGAGCAAAUAUGUCUAGAUGGCUGAUUUCACCUAGUAUUGGCACGAAAAAUCCCUCUAAGGGAGUAUUAAAUUUUCAGAGGAGGUGAUAAGUGACAUUUUUUCCUAUAACUCUGCAGAGGAAAGCGAAGCUGCUUCGAAACAAGUUUUAGCCAAGUCAGAACAAAUCAGAAAAUUCCAAGAAGAAAACAAAUACCUUGGACAACUGGUGAGUACAAAUGUACUUUUUUUUUCAUUUUUUUCCCAUUUAUUUCUUAAUCAUUACUAAUUCUAGCAAGAAUACAGAAACACAAAAUGUAAAUGACAAUAAUAAAAAGUAUGUACAAGCGUUUCUAUAAAAGAAUAGCAAGUAAUUACCGUCGAAUACCAAAAGUAAGGGAAAAGAAUAGAGUACAUGUACUCUAUGAGGUAGGUGGGGCGGUCCAGGGAGGAUGGAGCUGUAAGGAGAUGUUGGACAGUAAAGGUUCUGUUUUGUUCUAGAAAUAUCCAUUAAUAUAUUCUUUUCCUGUUCUUUAUUUUAAAUACACAACUUUUUGACCAAUCCGAAGCAGUUUUGGUAGAAGAGUAUUGAACUUGUUCCUGUCUCUUGCUUUUUUUUCCAGUUCCUAAAGAUAAAGACAAUGAAUAACUGGAAGCGAACACGUCUCUUUAUCCGGUAUCACGACUCGGUAAGAAAUCCGUUAUCCUUUUUAGUUCAUUAGCUGGCUCUAAGCCAAGUGUGCAGGAUUUUUUUAAACUUUGCAGAAACUUGAAUCUAGAUGUGCUGAUUGCAAGUCAGUGGUCAAAAGUUGGGGUGACUUUUCUUUCUUUUUAGUUAAAGCCGCGUGAAGCUAAAAAAAAAAGGUUGCUUCGUAGAAAAUCUAGUUUUCCAAGGGUGACGUAUUUAUGAAAAAAAAAAAAGGAAAGAAAGAGAAUUACUUGCAGCUUAUUGAGAAUGAAUUUCCAAGGGAACAAGCAAAUAUGUGUGAGUGGUUUGAUCUACUAAGGAAUUGAUGAUUGAAAAAACGCGAAACUACCUUAGGGGGUGCCGGAGAAGUCUCAAGGAAAAGUCUGCAAAAUGUAGGGGGAUGAAUCUCUCAUCCCCCGAAAUCCACGUAAUACUAUUCGUCAUACCCAUCAGCUUGGUUGUGUUCGGCCAGAGAUAUUUUUACCAAAGACUGUUAUUGCUUUGCAUGAAGACAUUUACUUUGGUUCUAGUUUUUCGAUUCUUCGCUAAUAAUCACUUUUUUAGAUUGACGUUGAUGAUUUGUCUGUUUGUUUUAAAGGUCGAGAGUUUACGAGAUGAAGCUGACAAAGCCAAACGAGAGUGCUUAGGAGUUAAGAAGAUUGCAGAAGAGAAAGAAAUACUAUUUAAACAAGAACAGGCAGCUCUGAGAAAGGUAUGUAAUCUAGUCUUAAAGAGUACCGUACACAAGGAAACUGUCAGCAGUUACUUUAAAAAUAUAGAUUUUACCUUUAUUCUAGUAACUAAUGUUUAGAUCCAAGGUGAGACUUUGAAUAAAUCAAACAGCAAUCGUCGUUGAAGACGAAUUUGAAUUUGAAGAUGAACAACUCCUUGGCAGACUAUUUCCAUCAUUAUUACUAUGUACUGUUUUUAUUGUCAUUAUCAUCAUCAGUAUUGAUUUUUUUUUCUUUUUUUUCUUUUUUUUUUGUACAGGCUCUUUCAGAGGUGGAGCGAGAGUGCCAGAAACUGCGUAAAAAGCUACAAUACGAGGUAGGAAUGGACAAGAAUGGCUUGAAUGAGUUUCUGGUUUUCGUACGAAAAAGAUAUACAAAAAAAUUGAAAAGAACUGUGCUUUAGCGUAUAAAUGAAGUCUUUUAGUCUCAGAAACAUUGGCCAGUAACUCAACUUCGUAAUUUUAGCUAGUUAGCCAGCAAAAAUGUGAUCAUUUUGAUUAGGCUCAUCAACGGCGAGGUGGUCUCAUACUAAUGCACAUAAUCCUCUUAACUUUCUUACCAAAUACAUAGCUGGUUGCGGCCUGAAAAAGGAAUUAGGAAUCAUAUUUUGGGAAUUAAAAUUAUCACAAUACUAAAUCUCCUCAAUUAGCUGUAACAGCUUUAACUCUGGGUUGACUUGACUUGAUUUAAACUUGGAUGGUUUUAAAGUGUUUGUAUGUUUCUUGUUUUCAGCAAAAGACCAAGCUGCAGAAGAUGCAUGCUCAGAUGCAAGAAGCGCACAGUAUGAGACAACUGGAGCUCGCCAAGUCUACAAACAUCGAUAAACUAGUGAGUGUAUUGAUCAUCCGAUUUUAAAAGAAUUAUUCCAUUUUAUAAACAGAAGCUUGUCUCAAGUUUCGCGCAAUGAUAAGCGUAACUUACGGAGUGAAGAUAUUUAUAAGAGUUUUUCUUGUUUCAUGUAUACAACUUAUAUUUGGACUCAAUACGAUUUCCAUGCGAGUAUUUCAACAGGUUAUUGGAAUUCUCUUUCUGUUUCUAGAUAGCAGAUCUGGAAGAGAAGGAACUGCAGCUUCGUCUUCUUACUCGUAAGUUGGCUAUCAUAUCAUUGUCGACGGAUUCAUUUUAUUUCAUCACAUUUCGCUUCUAUUAAUUUCACUUCAUUUCAUUUCUUUUUCAAUUAAAAAAUGCUUAUCGAGUUUCUUUUUUAUUAUUGCUUUUGUUUUUGUUUUUGUUUAUGUUUUGUUUUUUGUUUUUUUUUCUCAUAGAAAACUUGGAUAGAGAUCAGCGAAGAAAUCUUUUCGCGCAAGAACAAUCCAAGAAGGUAUUUUGAUUCUUAAUGCCCUCCUUCCUAGUGGUUUUGGAGUGAUGGCCAGUGGCAGUGAUAUUAAUCACAACACUGACAUAACAAUUUUGGCAAUUGCUUUGUCAUCUUUUUCCCGAACGUAAUACGAGCGAAAAUGAGGAUGCACUGAACGCAAAAGAGGAAGCUGCAAUCUGUCGGCAGCUUGCUGGAGUAAAUAGUGAGAUAAAGAUACAGUCACAAUUUUGCUCUAUCUUCCCAUUCUCUCGUCGUUAUGUACCUCCUCCGAGUAACAUGAGCUUGCUUCGACUGUGCUCAGUUUACACCAGCAAGAAAGUGCUAUCAUUAUCGUUUUCAUCAUCGCCAUUGUUCUCGUCAUCGUUAUCAUUAUCAUUUAUUUUACCAUUUAUAUUAAUUUAUUUAUAUCCUUAACUUGCUUUUGAUCGGCUACAACUUCACGUUAAUCUGAUUGGCUAGCCAACUUUGGAAGUAAAGUCGUGUCUAAUUGAUGAAAAUCGUAUCCUAACCUCAUUAAAUACGGGUCCGUUGUUGUUUUAAUGUUCGCAAAUUACUUCUGCCCUCUAUUUUCAUUUCGUGGAAUACAUGUAAUUUUUUUUUCCUUUUCAGGCCCUAAAGCAAAUGAUGCAGCAAUUGGACCAUGAAAGAAACUUGAAACUUGGCGCUUUUGAACGCGUUGAAGAUCUACAGAGACAGGUUUGUCGUCUGUUUUUUGUUUUCUUGAUUGAAUGACCUGGCAUUGUAAACUGGUUGUUGUUUUUGCAGAUCUCCAUAACUCUUUUUCCUUCCUUUCAGAUUUAUGAAUACGAGCAACAUCUGACCAGCGGCCUUUCGAGGCCAGGCUCUGGAGCAGGUAAGCUUUACAGCACAAAAAUUUUCGAGUUAAAAAAGAAGUCACUGCUGCCAAUAGUGUUGCUAUUUUGACGACUUUCUCCAUAACGAAUCGCUAGCGCCCGUAUUCUAUAUUUAAUUGAAGUAAAUGUCUUGAUCAGUUUUUAAGCACAUAAGUUAGACUUCCAAAAUCGUUUUCAAAACUCUCGAUGUCAUUGAAAGUUUGGGGUUCAGCGCGUUACAUAAAACGGUGCCAUUUUCCUUCAUGUACCUGAUCCACUUUUAAUAAACGUACUUCAGUCUGUAAAUUGGUUUCAACCCCUUGAACAAGAUGUUAUCAGUCUCCUUACUUCUUGAAGGAGGCGAAGCGCCGCCAGUGAACAAAGAUGAUUCCCGCAGCAAUGAACGAAUUAUCUGCGCAUUUGUUCUGGCAACAGCUCUGGCCAUGUGAGUCACUCUGGUGCAAAACCAAAGACCAAAGGAUAAGUCGAAUAAAAUUGAAAAUUCUUGGUGCUGAUAUAGUAACUGCGCCAAAAUCAUCAAAAUAAUUACUAUCUUUGUCACUUUUACAGGCUCCAGAUCUGCAUCCCGCACAGACAAACGCCCCCUGUCCUCGUACCGGACGGUGCCGGACACCUACGCCGCGUCUCCGCUGUUUGUUCCAUCUGCCCGUCCAUCUAAGCCUGUCAAUGUGGUGCAGCCGGUAGCUGGAGGAGGUUUUUGGCCACCCCCUGUGGUGUUUCCACAGAGACAAGCCACUACACCGGACCCUGGUGAGCUAAAUAUGGUCUCAGCAAUAUUUGAUGAUUUUUUUUUCUUUUUUUUUUUUUUUCUUUUUUCUCUUUCUUUUUGACAGUUAAGUGAAGAUGAGAAAAGCAAUAUUCUACCUCUAGUAUAUCCAGAUGUGUCUUCUGAAUUUAUUAAUUUUAUCUAAUUCACCAUUUUUUUUUGAUGUUACAGUGAGUAGUUCAUAUUCGCCGCCUCCCAAAAUUCAAAGGCCAAAAACUGUAAGUACUUAAUGAGCGAUAUUGUUUGCCUAAGUCAUUUCGUCCUUCAGAUUCGAGAUGAAUUAUGAUUCUAACUUCUCAAUGAAGGACGUGUGUCACAUAACUGCCUUGAGCUUGAAGGAUGCCGCGAAAUAUUUGUUUCAAAAGGACAGUAAAAGAUAACAUCAACCAAAACAACAACAACAACAACAUAAAAAGGGGCAAUAGAAGCAGUUUUCAAUUGACUGUCAGAAACCCUGACCAAUCUUAUCACUGCAGCCAAUCAUAUUAAUGGAUUACAUCAUUAUUAGCCAAUGAGUACUCAUAACAAAAACAAACUACCAAAAGCGCGGGAAAACGCGGGUGACCUCGAUUGGUAUGUGUAUUGCGUCUGAUUGGUUGAGAGAAUGGCGUGAGUUUUCGGGACCAAUCACAGAGAGGGGUAAAGCAAAAACAAAGGAAUCCCGGAUUACAUUCGACACCCAAUUUUACGUUUCAAUUUCUCGGUCCAGAAUGUACUAAAUACUCGUCUUCCUUCUUGCAGCAUACUGGUCGUUUGAGAGGAAAAAUUUCUGACAGUCUCUUGGGUGACGUUGAAUCAGAUGAUCUCCCAGAUACAAGACUUCCUCCAACAUUUUAAACUCUUAAACUACACUAGGAAAGGCAAACAGACUCACUCUGGGCAACGUUUGAAAGCGCAAUAUGAGUGACACGAGUUGAAAGGAGCCUGGGGAGAAAAACUAGGCAGCCCUUGCACAUACUCGGUUUUUUCGUACAGCAGCUUGUUCACACGCUAGGGAAAUGCUUUUCCUCUAUAAUGAUUUGGCAGCACUGUAGAUUAAAGGAAGUCUGUUACCUCAGUCGAAUCUACAAGUUUACACCCUGAGACGCGACUUAAAUCCAAGGACUCGAGAGUACGAGACUUUGUUGUAUUAUAGACUCGAGUGAUUAGUUAAAUAUUAUCUUGAAAAUGAAUCAAUAUACGAAUAACUAACACAAGGAAAUUGUGUGGAAGAAACUUAAAAGCCAUAGAAUAGAUGAAUUAUUUAUGCCAUGAUUUUGGACACGUUCACACGCUGAUGACAACAUUUUAUGAGGUUUUUACUGCAGCAUGUCAAUUUUAUUUAGGAUUUUUCUUACAGAGAAGUUUGACGCAGGAAAAUCUUGCUCCUACUUUGUUCAAUUUCUUCAGGGGUACCACUACCGGUACUCUAAUACAUUCCAGUAAGAUGGUUUGGAAGAACUAUUUAUGAUCGUAACUGUAGGUGAGCUCUUCUACGAAAGUGUACUGUCUACAAAAAUCCUGGUUCCGGGCGGUAAUAAAAAAAAUACCCCGUCGGGGUGGGGGCCAGUCACGGCUCGUUACAGAUUCCAUGCACCUGAUUGGCUGAUUUGUUGGAAUCGCUUGAAGGAUUAGAAGUUGUCGACACUGUGUGAAAGUUAUUUAUUUUGUAAGUAACUCUUCAGUUUCUCUCUGUGUUUUGUAGAAUUUCCUAAUGGGAUCAUACGACUCGUAGUCUCUUCGUGCAAUUCAACGAAGGUUCCCCGAGUAACGAUACUUUUCCUUCAGGAAAUUUCGAAGAACCCUGCACCGAAAAAAAAAACCGUGUUUUGUAAAUAACUUAAGUCCCACACGAGCUUUGUGAACUCGGG